UUUGUAUUUGCGCAUGAUCAAGAGGACGCUGCUGCUGCUUCACUGCUGUUAUGUUAAAAGAAAUUCACAUCACAGCACAAAAAAAAAACUGCGAAAUUUUCUUAAAUAUAUUUUGUGCGAGUUUUGCCGCUGCAGUUUUAACAUAAAUACAAGAAAAUAUUUAUAAAAACAAAGCAAAAAUUGAUUUGCUCAGUUUUUAUGAAGGUGUACGCAUCAAUCGGCACUAUUUUUAUUAAAAUUAUUCAAAUUGAAGUUAGCCGAAAUAUACUUUUUAAUUCUUCUGUCUUCUGUUUCUCAUUUCAAUAAAAUUCGAGUCGGUGCGAACGAGUUCAAAAAGAACAAUUGGGCCGUCUUGUUUUUGCAAUAAUUAGCGGUGAGACGUAUACAACUGCAAUUUCAGCAUUUGAGCAUUUGAACAUUUGACAGAUUAUUCGGUUUUGGUUUUGGUUUUGUAUUCAAAAAAUAUAUUAACGUUGCUGCUGAAAUAUUGAAAUAUUGAGGCUAACAACGUCGCUUUUACUGCUGGAAAAUGGCGAUGCUCUCGACGGAGGAAGCCAGCAAGUUGUUGGAUUUUUCGCAGAAGCUUGACAUAAACUUGCUGGAUAAAAUUGUUGAAUGUUUGUAUAGUUCUCAAGGUGAGCAGUUGCGUCUAGCGCAGGACAUAUUAACCACUCUUAAAGAGCAUCCAGAUGCUUGGACACGUGUCGAUAGUAUCCUGGAGUUCUCUCAAAACCAACAAACAAAGUUUUAUGCACUACAAAUUCUUGAAGAAGUCAUCAAAACGCGUUGGAAAAUAUUACCGCGCAACCAGUGUGAAGGCAUUAAAAAGUAUGUUGUUGGUUUAAUCAUAAAGACCUCAUCAGAUGCUGAAGUGAUGGAGGCAAAUAAAGUUUAUCUGAAUAAGUUAAAUGUAAUUUUAGUGCAAAUAUUGAAGCGCGAAUGGCCGCGCAAUUGGGAAACUUUCAUUAGUGACAUUGUCGGUGCUUCAAAAACUAACGAGAGUUUGUGUAAGAAUAACAUGGUUAUCUUGAAGAACCUGAGUGAAGAAGUGUUUGAUUUUUCUGCUGGGCAAAUAACCCAAACUAAAGCAAAACAUCUAAAGGAUACGAUGUGUUUAGAAUUUUCUCAAAUUUUCCAGUUGUGCUCAUUUGUUUUGGAAAGUUCAAUGAAUGCCCCACUUAUACAUGUCACACUGGAGACUUUACUGAGGUUUCUUAAUUGGAUACCGCUCGGUUACAUAUUUGAAACGACGCUGAUUGAGAUAUUAAUAUUUAAGUUUUUAAGUGUACCAAUGUUUCGUAAUGUUACUCUUAAGUGUCUGUCUGAAAUUGCGGGUCUUACCGUACCCGAUUACAACGAGAAUUUCGCUACCCUAUUCCGAGAUACUAUGACGCAAUUGAAUCAAAUGAUUGGCCAAACAAAUAACAUGAGCCAUAUUUAUGCAAAUGGUUCCGAUACUGAACAAGAGUUCGUUCAAAAUUUAGCAAUGUUUUUGUGCACAUUCCUGAAAGAACAUGGAAAGCUUGUUGAAGAUACACGUCAUGUUGAGUUUCUUAAUCAAGCAUUGCUGUAUUUAGUUCUGAUUUCAGAAGUUGAAGAUGUGGAGGUCUUCAAAAUUUGCCUCGAAUAUUGGAAUAGUUUAGUAGAUGAUCUGUAUAACAGCGAAACAUUCAGUGAUGCUUUAUCCACUGGUAAACGUGGCACUCUACGGCGACGUAAUUUUUAUGCUCAUAUAUUAACGAAAGUCCGUUUCAUCAUGAUAUCACGCAUGGCCAAACCCGAAGAGGUGCUUGUAGUGGAAAAUGAAAAUGGUGAAGUUGUACGUGAAUUCAUGAAGGAUACCAACGCUAUCAACCUGUAUAAGAAUAUGCGUGAGACUUUGGUGUUCUUAACUCACUUGGAUUACGCGGACACUGAACGUAUCAUGACUUUGAAGCUAUUAAAUCAAGUUAAUGGUACGGAGUUCUCAUGGAAAAAUCUAAACACACUUUGCUGGGCGAUUGGCUCAAUAUCUGGUGCUUUUUGUGAAGACGAUGAAAAACGUUUCUUAGUAACUGUUAUUAAAGAUCUAUUGGGUCUUUGUGAACAAAAGAAAGGCAAGGACAACAAAGCGAUUAUUGCAUCGAAUAUUAUGUAUGUUGUUGGUCAGUAUCCACGUUUUUUGCGUGCCCAUUGGAAAUUUUUAAAAACUGUCGUCAAUAAACUAUUCGAAUUUAUGCACGAAACUCAUGAUGGCGUACAGGAUAUGGCUUGCGAUACAUUCAUUAAAAUUGCUAUUAAAUGUAGGCGCUAUUUUGUUACUAUACAACCAAAUGAGGCGUGCACUUUCAUCGAUGAGAUUCUAAGCACUAUGAGCAGUAUCAUAUGUGACUUACAACCGCAACAGGUACAUACAUUUUAUGAAGCUGUUGGUUAUAUGAUUUCAGCACAGAUUGACCAAAUACAACAGGAUGCUUUAAUUGAAAAGUAUAUGUUCUUACCUAAUCAAGUCUGGGAUGAAAUUAUAUCGCGUGCUUCAAAAAAUGUCGAUUUUUUGAAGAAUAUGACGGCUGUUAAACAGCUAGGUAGUAUUUUAAAAACCAAUGUGGCCGCUUGUAAAGCCUUAGGUCAUGCUUAUGUUAUACAGUUGGGUCGUAUAUAUUUGGACAUGUUAAAUGUUUAUAAAAUAACAUCAGAGAAUAUAAUACAAGCAAUCGAAUUAAAUGGAGUUAAUGUUAAUAAUCAACCACUCAUAAAAGCAAUGCAUGUUGUAAAGAAAGAAACGCUAAAUUUGAUUUCUGAGUGGGUUUCUCGUUCUAAUGACAAUCAGCUGGUUAUGGAUAACUUUAUACCGCCUUUAUUGGAUGCUGUGCUAUUAGAUUAUCAGCGUUGUAAAGUACCAUCAGCAAGAGAACCAAAAGUACUUAGCUCGAUGGCUGUUAUUGUUCAUAAAAUGCGUAAUCAUAUUACCAACGAGGUACCAAAAAUAUUUGAUGCAGUUUUUGAAUGUACGCUUGAUAUGAUCAAUAAAAAUUUUGAAGACUACCCACAGCAUCGUACUAGCUUUUAUGAGUUGUUACAAGCUGUUAAUGCCCAUUGCUUUAAAGCAUUUUUAAAUAUACCACCAAAUCAAUUUAAGCUUGUAUUUGAUUCCGUUGUUUGGGCAUUUAAGCAUACGAUGCGUAAUGUAGCAGAUAUGGGUCUUAAUAUUUUGUAUAAGAUGCUGCAAAAUUUGGAACAACAUCCACAAGCUGCGCAAAGUUUUUAUCAGACUUAUUUCACUGAUAUACUAAUGCAAAUCUUCUCUGUUGUAACUGAUACAUCGCACACAGCUGGUUUGGCAAAUCAUGCUAUUAUAUUAGCGUAUAUGUUUUCAUUAGUUGAAAAUAAUAAAAUAACAGUGAGUCUUGGACCUAUGGAGGAUAAUACUAUUUUCAUACAGGAAUAUGUAGCAUCAUUAUUAAGAUCAGCUUUUAGUCAUUUAACUGAUAACCAGAUUAAGGUUUUUGUUACGGGUCUAUUCAACCUUGACGAAAAUGUACAAGCAUUUAAAGAGCAUUUGAGAGAUUUCCUUAUUCAAAUUCGGGAGGUCACCGGUGAAGACGACUCUGAUUUAUAUUUGGAGGAAAGAGAAAUAGCAUUGCGGGAGGAACAGGCAAAUAAACGUCUUAUGCAGCGUAGUGUUCCUGGCAUGUUAAACCCUCACGAAUUGCCUGAAGAUAUGCAGGAUGAAUAAGUUUAUUUAUUUGAAAAAAAAAAAAAUUAAUUUUUACGGAUUCUUUUUCAUAGUAAUGAAAAAUU